UCCUUCAAGUGCUGUUUGAUAGGAUGGCUACACCAGAGUUCCUGAAUUUGUUUCGUAAGCGAAAAGCUGAUGAUGAACUCCUCAAGAAGCUCAAGAUGAACUUACUGGCAGUUGGAGCAGUGCUUGAUGAUGCAGAAAACAAGGAAAUAAGCAACCAAGCUGUCAAGGAAUGGCUUGAAGAGCUCCAUGAACUCGUUUACCAGGCAGAUGACUUGCUCGAUGAGAUCAACACUGAAGCUCUCAGAGUUAAGGUAGAAACUGAGUACCAGAGCUCGACCAGCUUCCUGGUAAGUGCUUCCACUUAUAUUUCAUCUUUCAGUAAUCAGUUCUUUAAAAGGAUUAUGCCUGAGAUAGAAAAAGUUGUGAUUAGCCUAGAGGGAUUUAUACAGCAAAUUAAUCCCUUGGGCUUGCAAGUUGUUGAAUCGAAAAUACAAUCAUGUCGACCGCCUUCGACUUCUUUGGUCGAUGAGAACACUGUUUGUGGUAGAGAUGUUGACAAGGAGAAGAUAAUCCAAAUGUUGUUGUCUGAGGAUGAAAAAAGAGACAGUGUCACUGUAGUUCCAAUAGUGGGCCAAGGUGGGAUUGGUAAGACGACCUUGGCUCAAUUGGUUUACAAUGAUAAGAGGGUGAAGAAUCAUUUCACUACCAAGGCAUGGGUUUGUGUAUCAGAAGCAUAUGAUGCGACCAGGAUAACGAAGGAACUCCUUAGGGAGCUCGAGAUCUCAUUUUCUGACUCUGGUGAGAGUUUGAAUUCCCUUCAGCUUAAGCUACAACUUGGCUUAACUGAUAAAAGGUUUCUUCUUGUACUGGAUGAUGUUUGGAAUCGUGACUAUGAUGACUGGGAUAAAUUGAAGAUGCUGCUCAAAGGUGGUUCUGAAGGAAGCAAGAUCAUAGUGACAACACGAGAUAACAGAAUUGCAUUAAUGAUGGGCGAAAAUAUGUCAAUUCAUCAUUUGAAUUUGAUAUCAGAGGAGGACUCUUGGUCCUUAUUUGAGAAACAUGCAUUUGGAGAUAAAGACUAUGAAAACAGGCCUGAACUUGAAGUGAUGGGAAAGAAAAUUGUGAAAAAGUGUGAAGGGUUGCCUUUGGCUGUGAAAACAAUUGCAGGUCUUUUGCGUUCAAGAGGAAUGGUUGAGGAGUGGGAAGACAUUUUAAGAAAUGAUAUAUGGAACCAGACAAGAAAUCCAAAUGGCAUCUUGCCAGCAUUGAGGUUAAGCUACAUGCACCUUCCUUCCCAUCUUAAAAGGUGCUUUGCUUAUUGUUCUGUGUUCCGUAAAGGUUUAUGGUUUAAAAAAAAAGAAAUAAUUCAGCUAUGGCAUGCUAAUGGUCUUCUGGAGCACCAAAGAGAGUUUAAAACUAUUGAACACAUAGGUGAAGAGUACUUGCAUGAAUUGAGAUUGAGGUCAUUGUUGUGGCAGUCAAGCAACGACAAAUUCUCUAUGCAUGACCUUAUCAAUGAUUUGGCUAGAUUUGUUGCAGGAAAAUAUUCUCUCAGGUUGGAAGAUCAUUGUCCUGGCCACGGUACCACAGCUAGAGUACGUAACUUCACAUAUUUUCCCAGUGAGUAUGACACAUUUGAUAAGUUUAAACUCUUGAGGGAGGCCAAGAAUUUAAGAACAUUUCUCCCUGUUGGUAUGUAUCGAUCUGCUACUGGAAGAAUAAGCAACAAAUUUGUACAUGAUAUGUUGCCCACAUUCAAGUCUUUAAGGGUUCUGUCUUUGCACAAUAGAAGUAUAAUUAAGUUGCCAUACCCAAUCAGUGGUUUGAAGCGACUACGAAUCCUAGAUCUGUCUCAUACACACAUAGAAAAGCUACCGGAUUGGAUAUGUACCCUGUACAAUCUACAAACAUUGUUGUUGUCAUAUUGCAAGAACCUUGAAGAGUUGCCCAAAGAUCUGGGGAAGUUAAUUAAUUUGUAUUACCUAGAUGUUAGUGGAGCUCCGCUCAAGAAAAUGCCAAUACAAAUGGGUAGAUUGACAAAUCUUCAAGUUUUGACUACUUUUGUGGUCGGCAAAGACUGUGGUUCAGCAAUCAAGGAGCUGGGCAAGCUUCCUAUGCUUGGCGGUAAGUUACUCCUUUGUGGGUUGGAAAAUGUUUCUGGAGGGAGAGAAGCAUCAAUGGCAAACAUGAAGGGAAAGAAACACCUUAAAAGUUUAACUCUAGAGUGGAAAGGUGAUAUUAAUGAUUCACAAGUUGCGAGAGAUGUGCUUGAGAGUCUAGAGCCUCAUUCAAGUAUAAAUCAUUUGAAAAUCAAUGGAUAUCAUGGGACAAGAUUUCCUAAAUGGCUGGAAACCCCUUCAUUUUGCAGUAUAGAGUCCUUAAGUCUGUCCAACUGUGCAUACUGCUUUCACUUGCCUGCACUUGGGCAGAUUCAGUCCUUGAAAUCCCUUGAAAUUGUUGGAAUGAGUAAUAUAUCAGCCUUUACUGAAGACAUGUAUUUUGGUAACAAUUGUGAAAUCGAACCUUUUCCAUCUCUCCAAAAAUUCAAAAUUGAGAAUAUGCAAGAGUUGGAAAGAUGGGAUAUUCCAGAAUGUGAAGUUUUUUGUAGUCUUGAAAAGCUCUAUUUAAUCGAUUGCCCCAAACUCAAUGCAAAAUUGCCCAAACAACUUUUGUCAGUACGAAAACUUGAGAUUUCUGGAUGCGAUAAUCUUGUGCUCUCUAAUGGUCGGUUGAGUAUCUUUGACAGUGACAUUCAACAACUCUCAUCUCUUUGUAAAUUAAAGAUUUCACACAUGGAGCAUUUGAAAGAGUUGUCCCCAGAACUGAACAAGUUAGACUGCCUUGAGAGGUUGGAAAUUAGUGAUUGUGGGUCUCUCAUAUCGUUUCCCUUGGGUAACCUACCUACCUCACUGAAAAAACUUGUAUGCAAUGGUUGUGGCGGUUUUGAAUCAGAAAGCGCAAGUUACCAACCUGUUUCCCUCCUUGAGGAGUUGAAAUACAAGAAUUGCAACUCUCUCAAAGUUGUCUCGCUUGGCUUGUUCCCUACUCUAAAAGAUGUUCAGAUUAAAGACUGCAAGCGUAUGGAGGUGCUCUCAGUUCCUCCAUGCAGGAUUGGGAAUGGAAGUAGUACUCUAACUUCUCUGCAAUGCUUAAAGAUCUGGGACUGUGAUAAUCUAAUAUCUUUUCCAGAGGAAGGAUUGCCAGCCCCUAAUCUAAGGCAGAUAGAAAUCGUCAAUUGCGAGAAGCUGAAGUUCCUGCCGGCAAGGAUGGAAUCACUUAUUCCAUCUCUUCGGAAACUUGAUCUAUGCAAUUGUCCAGAAAUUGAGUGCUUUCCAAAAGGUGGUUUGCCUACCAGCCUACAGUCCCUUUAUAUCCUCAACUGCAAAAAGCUCCUGACAAGCCCAAAAACGUGGGAUUUGCUGAGACUCCCCUCUCUUAGAGGCUUACGGAUUGAUGUUACUGAUGAAGCAGUGGAGUCUUUUCCAAAUGAGGACUGGUUGCUGCCUUGCACGCUUGAAUAUCUUGAUCUCAGGGAAUGUCAGAAUCUGAAAAUGCUAAACUAUUCGGGUCUUCAACACCUCACCUCUCUACAAAGGCUACGAAUCACUUGGUGCAGGCUACUCCAGUCAUUGCCAGAAGAGGGACUGCCCACCUCCCUAACCAAACUAGAAAUCAGAGACUCUCCGCUGCUGAAACCAAGAUUAGAAUGGGAGAAAGGACAAGACUGGCCCAAGGUUGCCCAUAUCCCCUGCAUAAUAGUCGAUGAAGAAUUAAUCCCAUAA